AUGAAUAGGAGGGCUAGCUAAUUAUCCUAUCAAUAGACAACUUCAUCUUUUCAGAAUGUGGUGAAGACUUAAGGAGGUAUGCUCCCUCCAAAGCAUCCGUUUAAUAUUCAACUGAAUGGAUCUGUUUUAACUAAUUAAUCUACAAUGAAGCUUCCAACUUUGAAUAAAUAAUCUGGUCAGCUUCAGUCACUUUAAUAAUCCAAUUAAUCUUUUAAUUCCAGUGGGAUUAAUAUUUCAAGUAUACUGAAAAAGACUGACUCCUCUUUUGCUCAUGAUCACUCAGAACUCAAUAAAAGUAAUCUAAAUAUGAGUAUGAAUAAAACAAAAAUGUUCGAUUAUCAGAAUAAGGUUUCGACAACUCCUCUUUAAAGCUAGAAAAAUCUCCAAUACCAAUUCAAAUUUUUAGAAGGUCAUGCUAAUUCAGCUGGCCCUAGAAUUUAAACACGAAAUAUGACUUUGGAAUCUCUAACUUCUGGUGGAUCAAAUAAAAAUGCCCUUAGCGCUAGUAUGAAUACUACAUAGCGAGAGCAGAAUUUAGGGUUGAAUAAAAUAAUAUCACAUAAAAAUACAGUUAGUCAAAAUAUUGAAGCAAAUUUACUUAACAAGCUCAAAGGAUAUGCUUAAGCAUCAGUCUCGACUGAAGGAGACAUCAAGCCAAGACAGCCAGAUUACAAUUCAGCUUUCAAUCUUAAUAAAGAGGGCAAUGAAUUUAAUGGGUAUUCUGCGAAUCUCAAUCAAAGUAUCGCGCAUAACUUGAGCUUAAAUAGGAAAAUAUCUCCAACAAAUAGCACUCUCAAUAUCUCAGUCAAUUAAUAAAACUAAUCAAAGUUGUUUACUUCUCUUACACCAAAUUAUAGUAGCAACCCUUAUAUAAAAUCUACUAUAUUUAAUCCUGCUAAACCUCCAUCAGCAGUGAUAGGGGAGAAAACAAAAAGAAUGUUUAUGGAGAGUUUGGAUUAAGCUUCUUAGGCUGUAGACGAAUCUCAGACAACUCAAUCUUUCUCAAAUCUCCAAUCCAGAUAACUCUUAAGUUAGAAAUCAUCUUCAACAUCUUUAAAUUCAAAUAUGAAUACAAUAGCCAAUUUGAACAUGGAAAGAAGUAUAUUUCAACUGCAAAUGAAGCAAGGCAAUUCAAGUCAUGAAGUAACUCGAUAAAAUUCUGGAGAUAGACAAGAAAUGGUGAACACAGUAAUAAAUACGAAACCACCAUUAUCUAAACAGAGCCCAAAUACUCAAUAACAUAAAUAUUAGAGAUAAACUUUGUAGAGUAGCAGUCAAAACAAAGAAUCCUCUUUAAUAACUUUAAAAAAAAUCAGUGAAAUUAACACUUUUCAAGAUGUGAUAAAAGCAUACAAGCCAUUGAUUUAAAGUAGCUAAAACCAAUCUACAGAUAUAUCAAUUUAGCAGUCCUAGAUAGAUCCAGAAAACUCAGGAUCUCAAUAUUCUUUUUAAAAAUAUCAUCCUGCUUUUAAUAAAACUAGAAAUACGAUGCCUCUCAACUUUGAAUCAUCUCAAAAAAUGGAGUAAGAUAAAAAGCAAGCAGAUCAAAAAUUGGCUGAAUAAGAGUUAAAGAAGAAUCUUGAAAAAGAGAAGGCGAUGAAGCAAUUAGGGAGGUAUCAAGUAAUGAAUAUAAAUGAAAAAAUUAUUAAUAAAGAAUCUUAUACUGAAAAGAAAUAAAAAGAGGAUGAAAUACGUAUACUUAUUAAAGAAAGAUUCAAAGAAAAGCUAGUUCAGAAGUGUGUCUUUAUCUAUAAAUGCAGAAAAUACAAAAUUGACAUUGCAAAAUACUUUUCUUAGUAUUGUAUAGCACUCUACAGACAGAUUGAAGAAGAGAAAGAAGCAAGAAAAUAGUUUGAUUUGGUUGUAUCAGAUGAUUCACCAUUGACCAAGAAAAAGAACAAAGUCCUGAAGAUGAAAUAAGAGAUUUCUUAAGGGUAGUAAGAAGAUGUUGAUGAAUUAGUCAGAGAAGAAUACUAGCAGUAAUUUAAAUAAUCUUAUGGAACUUCAAUGUACAACAUGGGAGAUAAUUCACCCUUUCAAGAGCAAUUUUCAAGCAAUUAGAAACUUGGGAAUAAUUAGAUUAAAAGAAUGAAUUUAAGAGAAAAAUUAGCCAAGAGAUUCAAAACAGCUUUAUAAUCAGGAGGCGUCGAAGAAGUAUAAACAGAUCAAGAAAAUGAAGACUUCAACUAAAUCAUAGAAGAUGAAUUUCAAUUUCAAGAUUUAACAGAGGCAGAGAAGCUUAUAAAGAUCAGAUAAUAACAGCUAGACUAAAUGAAUCCAAAGAGAAAUGAGGUGUAAAAUAAUUUACAAAAGAAUUUGAAAUCAGCAUUAUUUUAAGACUUUAAGAGGAAGAAAGCUUAGAUUAAAUUUGUAAAGAAAAAGGUCUUCAAAUGA